AUGAGAAAUCAAACCAGGGUCUUGGAAUUUCUCUUCCUGGGCCUGUCAGAGCAUCCCGAGCAGCAGAGAUUCUUCUUCAGGUUAUUUCUGAUCAUGUACCUCAUUGGAACACUGGGGAACCUGCUCACCAUCUUGGCAAUUGGCUUUGAUUCACAUCUCCACACUCCCAUGUACUUCUUCCUCUCAAACUUAUCAUUCCUUGAUCUCUGUUUCAUCUCCACUAUGGUUCCCAAAAUGUUGGUAAAUAACCUGUUAGGAAGUAAUGUCAUUUCCUAUCAAAGAUGCUUGGCUCAAAUGUAUUUUAUUAAUGCUUUUGGUGCAUCAGAUAGCAUUCUCUUUUCUGCUGAUCGCUACCUGGCUGUCUGUCACCCUUUACACUAUGGCACAGUCAUGACCUCACACCUUUGUGCCCUAUUGGUGGCUGUGCCUUGGGUUUCUGCUCACCUCAUUGCAAUGAUUCAUAGCAUAUUUAUAGACCAUCUAUCCUUCUGGACAAAUAAUAAAAUCCUUCACUAUUUCUGUGACAUAAAUACCUUGAUAAAACUUUCAUGUUCUGAUACCCACAUUAAUGAAAUGUUAGUUCUUUUUUUAGGGGGGCCUGAAGUUUUAAUUCCCUUUAAAUGCAUUGUAGUCUCUUAUACUCCUAUUGUUUGUGCUGUGUGGAAAGUACCAUCAGCUCAUGGAAAAUGGAAGGCCUUUUCUACCUGUGGGUCCCAUCUCUCUGUGGUCACUCUUUUUUAUGGAACUGUCAUUGGUGUGUAUUUCAAUCCCACUUCCACCCAUACAACUCAAAAAGACAUGAUAGCGACUGUGAUGUAUACAGUGGUCACUCCUACAUUGAACCCUUUCAUCUAUAGUCUUCGAAAUAAUGAUUUGAAAGGAGCCCUGGGGAAGCUUCUUGGCUUGAAACAUUUUUCCAAGAGACCAUUAUGA